GUAGCCCGGGGGGGUUAAUGAUGGCGACUUCCCAGGACUUCCACGUCCAGAUGUGUCACAAAGAAAUUGUCAAAUAUGAUCUCGAGAUCAAAGCUCUGAUCCAGGAUAUUCGAGAAUGCUCUGGUCCCAUAAGCGUGCUCACUGAUCUGAAUGCACAAGUUAAAGAGAAAUUCCAUCUCCUGAGAUUGAGAAUACAGGAUCUUGAGCAGAUGGCCAGAGAGCAGGAUAAGGAAUCUGACAAGCAAGCCUUGCUGAAGGAGAUGGAGUGUCACAAAAGGCAGAUGCUCAGUAAUCAGACCGUGUGGAGGAAGUCAAACCUUUCCUGUAAGCAGACAAUUGACAACUCUGAGAAAGAUGAACUACUUGAAGGAGGGGAUCCUACGAGACAGAGGAAAGUAGCAAAAGAAAACCUGGCCCAGUCCGCAAGCAAUAUAACGGAAAGCCUGAUGGGUAUCAGCCGAAUGAUGUCACAGCAGGUUCAGCAAAGUGAAGUAGCCAUGCAUACACUGGCAACCUCUUCCAGGACAAUACUGGAAACCAAUGAAGAAUUUAAAUCCAUGUCUGGAACCAUACAGCUUGGGCGUAAACUCAUCACCAAAUACAAUCGUCGUGAACUGACAGACAAACUUCUCAUCUUCUUGGCUCUGGCGUUGUUUUUGGCAACUGUACUCUACAUCCUAAAAAAAAGACUAUUUCCAUUUUAAUGGCUGCCGCGGGGUUUGUCAAUAAGAUCGUCUGUACAGACAAUACAAACUUCACGAUUGCCUGUCUGCACCGUUGAACAUUAGACACUGUACGUCUCCCGGCACUACAUCGUUAACUACUAUGACCACAUGUAUGGAACUAAUAGUGCAAGGACUCUUGACAAACAAGAACACAUUAACUAAAAUUGGUUUUAGAUCAGUUCUUUUCAGUUGUAUGAGAGGAAUUAAAACAUAAAGAGAACGUGUAAGGAAGGCUAUUGUCAGCUGAUAAAAGUAUAUGUGUUACUUUCUGAAAUCUUAUAGUUCCUAAUUUUUAUUGACUAAUACAACAUAUUUGUGUGAUUAGAUGUUUGUAAUGCCCCUUAAAUGUAUAAGAAUGAGAGCAGCUCCAUUAACUUCUUGUCUUGGCAUUUACCGGAGUUAACAGUUGCUACUAAUGUUAAUGGCCAUAUCAAUAUAUAUUGGUAAUUCAUUUGACAACUCUACUAUAUUCCUGUUCUGAGAUACAAAACAUUUACCACAAUAUUCCUUAUCACUUCUACAAAAUGAAACCAGGUUCAAAUGACUAUUUUUGCUUAAUGACAGCCCAGCUCUGAAAUGUUACUUCU